AUGAAUAGUGCCUCAACUUCAGAAAGUGGAUAUUCCACAAACCACCCAGGACCCUUUAUUUAUGCACAGCCAUCAGCUCAACAGCCUUAUCCAAAUCCAUGGUACCUCAGCUAUUCAUACAGUCCAUACUGUGUACCUGCUCCAGGCUUCCGAAGUGGAAAUCCGUAUUUUCCAUUUUAUUCUGUUGCGCUCCAUGAGUACCCUAGAUUUUUCGUCCCACAGCAUCCAGUGCAUACAAGAAUUAACAGAAGGCCUUAUUUUAAUGCUGCCCCACCUUCCCCUAUGUUUUAUCAUGCAACAAGAUUUAGACAUUAUAAUAGCCCUGGGAAGAAAAUGGAGACAAAAGAAACACAGACUGAUCCUAGACAGCCUGAAAGCAAGCAAAAAAGGCAUCAAGAUAUCCGUACAGAAACGAAAGGUUGUGAUGCAGGAAAUACAGCCUGUGUUUCUCCUGGUAUAGGUACAGAGACUGAAAGUACUUCAGAGAAACAAAAUUCGUUUGGCUCUUCUAUUGUGGUAGACAGAGAGUUUCAUAAUAAGAACCCUGCCAGCUCUACUCAGUAUAGAAAUCUUCCUACUGGAAGCUAUGCCUUUGAGAAGGAAGAAGUGAGGAUAGAAUAUGGAAAUGGCUCUCCAGCUAUUCAGCUGUGGAAGUCCUUUAAAGAAACAAUCCCAUUGUAUGACGUGGCAAGUGGUAAACCAGUUCCAGAGAACAUAGUGCCACAUGACUUGUUUUCUGUUAGCUCAUGUGAAGGCAUGAUAUAUGGCCCUCGUGAAGGGGAGAAUAUGCUGCCAGGAGCUUCCUUAGAUGACAGAAAAGCUGUUGUCACCUCCAAACAGAGUGCUGAAGCUCUGCAAGAGAAAGAUGUGCAAAAUAAUGAACUGAAGCUGGAUGCAGAAAAGAUGUCAAAAUCCCCCCCAGGUGAAACCAUGGCAGUGCAAAUCACAGAGUUGGCAAGAUCUGUUGGUGUAGAUCAACCAGUGGUAAUAGCUAAGAAAUCUAGCACUAAACGGUCUGCAGGAUCAAAAGCUUCACAAGAAGAGCCUGGCUUUAUUCAACAAGCAGGACUACUUCCAUCUAGUAUGGAGGUAAUGAGUGACUUUCAGCAGAAAAAGCUGAAUGUAAGCCACAGUGCAACCAAUGAAAAUCAGACAGAAAAAAGUAUUUGGUGUGACAAAUCAAUUGAGAAGUUUGCUCCCUCUAGCAGCUGGCUGGCUUGUUUGGACAGUAUGGACACAAACUACAAUGCUUGUUUGCCACAAAGGAAGCGUCGAAGUGUAAUCAGUCUGUCUUCUGAUGACAUGUCCUCUGGAGAGGAAGGCUCAUCAACUGAUAAUGCCCCAGUGUCUUAUUUUGUGCCUGACUAUGUGCUUCAGAAAAGCAUGUACACUCUUCAGAAAAGCACAGAGGGCUUAGAGCAAAUUAAAAGUGGUGGAUCCCCUAAUGCAGAGGAAGUGGUAGGAAAGGAGCAGGUGAACAGCCUGAAUGACCAAGAUGUCAACUCUUCAAACACAAAGGUCAAAGAGACUUCCAGUAAAGGUAGAAAGCUGGGAGCCCUUUCUAGGUCCUCUAGUAGGAAAGAAGUCGAUUCUCCCAACAAAAAAGCAACUAAGAGUUUGUCAGAAGUUGAGGACUCUGAAGAAUAUUCUGUGAAGGGAGAAGAGGAAGAUGAAGAGGAGGAAUAUGAGGAGGACGAGGAUGAUGUCAUAGAUGAAAUUGAGUAUUUCUUUCAAGAAGCCCCUCCAUAUGGCAUCUUGAGGCCAAGUAAAGGAAAUUUCUACCAAGUUGGCCAGAGAGUGCUUUGGAAACCACCUACAAAUGCUGUACCAGCACAACUAAUUAGCUGGCCUGCUCAAGAGAAAAUAAAAACUAGGAGUGGGCUUGUUGAAAACAUUGGUGUAGUUUACAAGCCAAAGAAGAGAGAACAAGAUGAAGUUGUAUACAGUGACUAUGGGUAUUAUGGAAGAAAGAGGCCUAUGACAAGAAGAGAAGGACUUGAACACCAGCGAAUGCUACGGAAAUUCUUGAGAGGAAGGCUGUUAAGAGAGAACAUGGGGAUACCACCUGAAGAGUACUGGAUUAGAAGUGGUGCUAAACCCAGAUUUACCAGCCAAAUACGUGGUAGUUUCUCACCUCCAGCAAGGAGCAAAGAACAAGUGUGCCCACCUUUGGUUAAAGCAAAGAAGAAAAGAAUGGGCAAGCCACCUUCAAAACGCAGAGACACGAGACAUGAGGUGGAAGAAGUAGAAAUGUGGGAGCUGCCUAAACACAGCGUACACAAAGAAAUAGCUGAUGUUUCUUGGGUACAUUCAACAAUGCAGUUAUAUGAGCACACUGAGAAUGUGAUAUGA